CCACGUGUUUGCGUACAAGAGCUCUGUAAUUGACGCGCAACAUCACGUGUUGUUUUAUCGCGUUUUAUUUUCGUUUCGUUAGUAAAAGACGCUUUUGACAAAAUUGACAACCUGUUUUUUUAUGUAAUUUUGUUUUUGUCGGAAACAACAAGCGAAAUAAAACAAAGUGAAGUAAAAAGCAUUAUGUAUUCUUCGUUCGGUUGGCCUGUUACUGACAAUAAUGUUACAAAGAGAAUGAUCGACAACUCACUAACGCAUACAUUUUUACCAUCCCAGAAAAUACGAAGAAGAACGAAAAUAUUAAACAAUUUACAGAAGAACCGUAAAUUGAAAACUUACAAUCAAUAUAUCAUGUUAAAAACCAGCGUUCUGCGAAAUGUAAAGGAUGACACCGAGACUGAUUACGACACGGGUCUCACUGAUGGUGAAUGCAGUUUAAUAUAUAAUUCUCCAGCAAAACAGACCCAAUAUGUGACUGAGAAUUUUGAGAAAUAUAUCUUCUUUAGUGAUGAUGAGUGUGUAAAGAGUAAGAAAAAGAAGACCAAAACAGCUGCAAACAUUAAAGCAAAAAUGCAAGAGGAACAAGUAACAAAGAAGAAGAAAGAAAUGGUACCAGAAGUACAAAAUGAGAAAUCAGUGUCAUGUCAUACUGAAGCAUCUGAAACGCAUGGUCUUGGCUGGCAAGAUGUUACAAAGCAUAAUGGAAAUAUAUCACAGUUGCCUGAUAAUUUAGCACGCACUGCAGAUGUUUUUUUGAAUAACAAAGAAGAUAAUGUUAAUUAUAUAAACAAGUAUGUAAAUAACAGAGAUACUAAUGUGACAAUAGAUAAAGCAAUUUCUCAAAAUGUAACACACAGUAACAGAACAUCUAUAGAUAGCAAUGUGAUAGAGAAUUAUGAAAUCGAUUUUAUAAAUAAUAUAGAAGAUUUUGAAAUAGACGAAAAUAUGGAAGAUAAGUUGAAUUGUGAUCAGUUACUUUCGUAUAACACAAAAAGUCAGCACGAUGCUUCUUCAAUAGAAACAGCAUUUGAUAAUAUGUCGCUAGAUCAGCAAGAAGAUCUGCAAGAUGAACUUGACAAAAUUGAAGAAUCUUCAAAAUCUGAUAUAAAAAAUCUAUCGCAUCUAGAUAUUAUGCAGGAAAUGCUUGAUUGUCCUAAAGAACUUAAGGAGAUAGCUGAAGCAAUUAUCUUGAAUGAUUUUAGAGAAGUUACAGAGAAUACAUGUUACAGUGAUAUUAAAAACCCAGAUACGAGCAAAGAAGCAAAUGAGUUUUUUAAAGAAGAACAAAACUUUCCUUGUAUAGAUCAAGUUGAUAAAGACGUUUCAAUAAAUCAAGAAGAGACAAUAUAUUCUAUACAAGAAGUAAACUCUUGCGAUAUUAAAGAACAGAUAUUGCCACCUCCUGAGCGAAGUCUCGUAAAGGAUAAACAUUCCAAAGUGUGUAAGAAUUUAAAUAAUAUUUUUGAAGAACAAGAUAAGCGAGAAACGAUAAGUUUGUCUAAUCAAGAAAGUAAUAAUUUUCCUCGUUUGAAUCAAGUCGAUAAUAAUGUAGAUGUUAACUCGAUAAGUCAAGAUGAGGUACAGCUUAUAAAAGCAGAAGAAUCACCACACCAAAACAGCCUUGCAAAAGUUUUACAUUCCACAGGAGAAGAAGACAAACAGAAUUCCUCUAAAGAACAAAAUAAUGUGAGUGUUUCGACGAAUCAAAAAGAUAUGAUACAUUUUAUGCAGACACCAGAUCUGUUUGACGUUCAAAUACAAGAAAUCUCAUCUUCUAAACAAAGUCCUCGAAAUAAUGUACAUUCAAAGAUUUGUAAUAAUAUUUCACAGGACAAAAACAACAGACAAAUACAAGUAGUUUCUAAUCAAGAAAAUUCUUGUGAUUUAAAUGCCAGUGAUAAGAAUACAGAAUCCGAUACAAUAAGUCAAGAAAAUACGAUACAUUGUACGAAGACGGAAGAAUUUUCUGAUGCAAGACCGACUACUGAGCAGAGUCCUAAAACCGAUGUGCUUUCUCCUAAACAAAAUCAAGAACAAGAUAUCUAUUCUUGCAUUGAUAUUUCGGAAGAACAAAAUAAUGAAGAAGUAAAAGAGUUUGUUGAACAAGUAGAUGAAGAAUUGACAAAUUACUCAAUAAAUAACGAAGAUAAGACACCUGUUACAAAAUCAGAAGUCACGUGUAAUACCGCAAAAGAGCAAUUGUCACUUAGAGUUACAGGUUGCGAAAUCAUUAAUACAAAAUACAGAAUAGAUAAGAGAAUUGAUGAUGUCAGUGAUAACGUUGAUAAAAUUGACAAUAGUUUAAUCGAUGAAUGUAGUCCUAUAAAAAAUAAUAUGUUAAUAAAUUCUACAAAUGUUAGUGAUUACAAUAUUGAUAAAAACGCAAUAUCAGAAAUUGAUUACGAGAAGAACGAUGAAUGUUAUAUAUCGCGAGCUAGAAAACGGCGUGAACAACUGGAGAGAUUAAAUUUAGUCGUAUGUAGUGAUUCCAGUGAAAGCGAUGACACAACCGAACAUAAUAUAAACUUUAACAAAUCUUUCAUAAAUAAUAGAUCGUUGAUAAAUAAAGAAAAUGUGUGUGACGAGAGUAACCAUUGCAACAACAGACAAAGCAUUGGUGCUGAGACUAGGAGAUUUAAUUCUCACGAAGAGAAUGUGGAAAUAUCAACGAAUAGACCAUGUAAUUUACAAGAACUAGUGGAGAAUGAAAAAUUAGUUGCGGAAACAAUGCCGCCGACUUUGACGCUGGCAGAUAUUUCUGAUGAGGAAGAAGCAUACAUCUUAAAUAUUCCACCUAAGCUGCUAGAAUGCAAUUUGAAAAACCAGCUAUUGACAUUAAAAGAGAACACGAUAAAAUUCGGCAAAACUAAAUAUAGAAUCGCAGACAAACGAGUGAAUACUAUUUCCUGGGUUUUUGCUACUGGUAAGAAACGGAAACCUUAUAGGAUAGUAAAUCUGAACAAUAUCAGUACUAUUACCGUACUGGACAACGCGUCACAUUGCUCAAAGACAGCUUCUCGUGAUGUUGUUGCAUCUUCCGAGACGGAUAGAAAUAAACGACAGGAAAAGAAAUCGAACUUAAAAAUGUCAAAAAUCUUAAAGCACAAUAAUCGCAAACGAAACAACUCAGAUGUUAUAGUUGGUCCUGCACUGAAGAAAAGAUGCAAUUAAAAGUAUAUAUACAUAUUAUAUAAGUGUAUAUUUAUUCUUACAUUAUCAAAUAAUCCAAAGAAAACAAAUUUAAAUAUAGAAAUACUAUUUAUAAUGACUAUGUGAUAGAGUAUUGAUCUAUAUGUACAUUAUAUAUAUAUAUAUUCUGUAAAUAUUUAAAUACUUUUAGUUUUGUUUUAGUAGUUCUUUCUGUAUAAACAUUUAA